AAAUAGAAUAGUCAUAUGACUGUUUAUUCAGGUGUGACGUGUAUGUAAACUUGUAUAUUGAUUGACUGGAUAUAACCUCCAUUUUGCAAUUUGCCAAUACCCAUAUUUCGAAAUAUUGGAAAACUGAUAUAAAAGGAUUAACAUAAACAGAUUUAAACAGGCAAAAUAGAGGUCCAUCCGCAAAAAAUCGAAAUGGACGGAUACGGUAGUGGAAAGGACGAAAGAAGUGAGCCGGAUGGUGACAUUGGUUGCUGUGGUUACGUUCUCAUGUUUUUCUCCAUCAUCAUUCUGAUUAUAUUUUUCCCAUUCUCUCUGGUUUGCUCGCUGAAGGUUGUACAGGAAUAUGAAAGGGCCGUUAUUUUCAGACUGGGUCGAGUUGUGUCUGGAGGGGCCAAAGGACCAGGUCUAUUUUUCCUGUUUCCCUGUGUGGAUACUUUCAAAAGUGUUGACUUGAGAACAUUUUCCUACGAUAUUCCACCACAAGAGAUCCUGUCACGUGACUCCGUGACGGUGGCGGUGGACGCUGUCAUCUACGCUCGUAUCUUUGACGCUACAAUGUCAAUCAUCAAUGUUGAGAAUGCGCAUGGGUCAACCAAACUUCUGGCGGCGACCACGUUACGUAACGUGCUGGGUACGAAACAGCUGUCUGAGAUUCUUAGCGACCGAGAAUCUAUUGCACAUCAGAUGCAGACGACACUUGAUGAUGCAACAGAUCCCUGGGGUGUUAAAGUCGAACGUGUGGAAGUGAAGGACGUGCGACUUCCGGUACAGAUGCAGAGGGCUAUGGCUGCUGAAGCCGAGUCUGCUCGUGAAGCUCGUGCUAAGGUUAUCGCCGCUGAAGGAGAAAUGAAAGCCUCUCGUUCUCUGAAGGAAGCCGCCGACGUCAUGGCUGAAUCCCCGUCGGCACUGCAGCUGCGUUAUCUGCAGACACUCAACUCUAUUGCUGCCGAGAAGAACUCGACCAUCAUUUUCCCUCUGCCCAUAGAUAUGAUUGGGUCUGCCUUGAGGCGUUAAAUUAUCACAUGAUCAAACUUUGAACGUGAUGUGCACGUGUCACGUGCGUGAUAAGUGCUUUAUGAAGGAAAUAGAAACUCUGGGAUCUACUGAUACGACAUCUUCUUUUUAGUGUUUUGACCACUUUAGCUAUUUUUUUAAUAUAAUAGGUAUAAUGAUAAUCUGCACAGUUUUGAGAAAUGAAUCUUAGAAAAUAAACCUUUGAACAGAAGAUUAUCAGAUUUAUGUUCAGCACAAUCCACGAUAUAUAUUGUUUUAGCAUUGUUUUAAAAACGGAAAAAAUGUCGUAUAGAAUCAGUACAGCGUAUUGACGUUACGUUAAACAUAACUAAGUUUUGUGUCUUUUAUAUUGAUCAAUGACGUGUAGUGUUGUAGUCUGAAAUGCGUGUGUAGGUAUGAUAUAUAUCGUGUAUUUCUUUAGCAUAAUCCAAACUUACAUUUUCGACUUCUAUUCUAUGAAUGGGACAUUCCACAAGGGAAGAAUAAACAAUACAUUUUUCAAAAAAUGACAUCAAUAUUUUUUUAUCAGAAACCAUACUUUCAUACUACACGUGCAAGCGCAAAACCUUACAUGAGCGCACUGCCCGUGAAACAUGAGCAGGUAAAACAGAAAUUUGAUUGGACAAGUUCCAUAAUAAAAGCUAUUUUUAGACAAAUCCGUAUGGCCUGAACUUAUUUUUUUUAAUAUGGCCGUUUAGAGGCUAAUUGUAUAUUCAAGUACCUGCUGCGCAUAAACUGAACUUUUAUCUUUCUAUUUAUGUUAUUAUUAUAUUAUGAUAUUAAAUUUUGCUAGGCUGACUGGCUUAGCUGGUGGCCCGCUGGAUAGUUGGUAACGCAGUGCACUUCAUAUCUAAAUGAUAUAAGUUUGAAUCUUGACAGGACAGUGUUUUCCUGUGGCGGUGUGAAUAAGAGGUUCGGGAUACACCAAUCGUUCUGUACCAGCACCCCUCCCAUCCCACUUUCUUAUCGUGGACAAACACGUGAUACACAGUUGACAAAUAAAUGUAUCAUAUAGUAAAGAAGGGUAAAUUCAAAACCGUUUUUGUAAUUUCAAAAUACAACAUACUGUUGAUUGGGGCAAAAGUUCCUAAUAUACAAUGCUUGUUUUUAUUCUCAGAAUGCCUGACAUUGUAAAUAUACAUAUUUGUGUAGUAAUAUGUCUAUAAUCAGUUAAAAUCCGUUACCUACUAUUGAUUGUGUGGCCUUUUCAUUGAUUUUUACGUUGUUCUUGUACAUUUCAGCACACGAUCAUUAGUUCUUACAAGUAUGAAAAAAAUGCAUAGUACUUCAAAGAACGUUUUAUUUUAUUAACUUCUAAAUUCAGAUUUGAAUAUAUAUUUAUAAUCAAAAUUCGUUCAUUAUUUACACAAAGUUUUAAUACGUGGUGUUGCUUCUAUUCGGAUGAUGUCGGGUUUUUUAAUCUUAAAAAUCAUCUUGGACCGUUAGGUUUAAGUAUUUCGUGUAUAUUGUUGCAAGAAAGAAAUAGCUCAAUGCAAUUUUAUUUUUGAAAAAAAAUGUUCUAUGUUCCAAGCUUAUUGAUUUGUUACUAUUACUAACUUAUUUCUUUAAGUUGAAAGUUUUAUAUAAAUGUUCGCAUUUUGUCUGUUAGUAAAUAUUUGUAUGAUAUUGUUUAAUCAAUAAAAAAAUCUUUAAAA